AAUCCCCCUCUAGGUGACAUCGACGUAUAUAAAGAGGUUCGUGGAAUUCAUUCAGCAUUUAGUGGAAAACACUUCAAGUGAUCGUCAGGGGUUUUGUUCCACAUCAACAGCUAAAAGGACGUAUGUGGUGAUCUGAGUUUAAAUUGAUUGAAUUGAAGAACAUUUUGUCAAGAAUGUAGGUUUCAAAACGAAUUUCGCGUGACGAUGAAGUGCCCCGAUUGUGGGAACGACGAACUCCAAGAGCAUCAUCGCUUUUGCUCUAAUUGUGGUUGCAAACUUUCUGGUCCCCAAUCGCCAAGGGAAACAGUAUCAGAGUCGACAAACAGCUCCCAGAAGGCGCAAUCUGUCGAGGCUUCUGAUGUUGCAGGUGUCCAGACCUCAGCUGAGACUGACACUGUUAAAGUUGUGAAAAAAAGAUCAAGUAGUGAAAGCCUUGCUCGUGAUCAGGAAGCGGAGGAUGACUCUGUCAAGACAAAUGAAAAAGUUGAGAAGUUUGAAGGUGUACAGAGUGAUGGGAUACCUCCCAGUGAAAAAAGGAAAUGUUUUCAGAGGCCUGAAGGUGUACAGACUGAUGCAGUUCAUCCCAUUGAGGGGGAGAACGUCAUCAAGAAGUCUGAAGAGGAAAAAGAUGAUGCAGUUUGUCCCCUGGAGAAUAGGACAGACGAAGAGAAAUCUAGGCGUGCAGCUCAUCCCAUGAAGGAGAAGAAAGACGAAGAAAAGCCCAAAGGUACUGAGAAUGAUGCAGCUCAUCCCAUGAAGGAGACGAAAGACGAAGAAAAGCCUAAAGGUACUGAGAAUGAUGCAGCUCAUCCUAUGAAGGAGACGAAAGACGAAGAAAAGCCUAAAGGUACUGAGAAUGAUGCAGCUCAUCCCAUGAAGGAGACGAAAGACGAAGAAAAGCCCAAAGGUACUGAGAAUGAUGCAGCUCAUCCCAUGAAGGAGACGAAAGACGAAGAAAAGCCCAAAGGUACUGAGAAUGACACAACUCAUCCUAGUAAGAAGAAGAGAGAGGAAGGAAAGGCUAAAGGGGCGGAGAAUGAAGCCCCUCAUCUCAGUGGUAGAAAGAAAGACGUUGAAAAGAACCAAGGUGCAAAGAAUGAUGCCACUCAUUCCACUGAGGGGAAGAGAGACGCCAAAAACUCUGACAGUGCAAAGAACGUUGAAUCCAUGACUGUUAUUUUCCAUGCAUUGCUCACGCCAACGUUUAAUAUCAACUUUCAAAAAGGCGAUAAAGUCGUCCUGAGAGGGGGACCGCCCUUUUCUUGGCAUCACACGGGACAGCAAGUUGAGAUGCAUCCAGUAAGGAAAGUUCUUGACGGUAACUACUUGUUAGAAGGUGAAGCCAAACUAACGCUACGACAGGCCUCCGGAAGAGUUGCGUAUAAGUACGUUGUCAUACCAAACCAAGGACGAACUGUAAAGGAUAAGCCAGCUAAGGUUCUCUGGGAGUGCCUUAUUGACUACGGGCCUUUCAUGAAUGAUAAACAUGUCAACCGAUGCCUUCACAUCCCUGAGAGUUCAAUAAAGUCCAAUGGCACGUGGCAUCAAUAUGACGAUGCAAUCUUCAGUCAACCUGGAUUCUGGGAUUCCAUUCGCAGCAUCUUUCCUCACUGGAAAAACGAUCCUGCAGAAGGCCGGAGAUUGGCUAUGAUAGCCAUGCUUCCAGAAUGGGAGGGAAUUUCAUUGAAACAGGGAGGGAUGAACGCACAUGACGCUUUGAGUGAAAUCAACAGUGUGGUACACUGCGUGUCAAAAGCUGAGAUUGAAAACGGGGGUCUUUGUCAUCCUCGUAUUACAUACGGUUUCGAUUUCAUGGAGGUUCUGUUCGGAUAUCUUUUUCCACAACUAAACCGGAAUAUCCAAAUACUGCAAGUUCACACUGAUGACAAGGAAUCUCAAGCUAAAAGACUUAUAACUUCCGUCAUGAUUGCAUCCAUUGCCGUUCUUCACCAAACAACGUUUCUUGGAGACGAUCAGCUAAAGAAGCUACUAGAGUGUCUUCUCUUAGAUGGCACUGAAUAUGAUGCUCUACUUCGUCACUUUCCUAAGAAACAGCAUUUACGCACGAUGGCUGACAGCUUGUGGCGGCUUUGCAUGUACGUUAUCGAGUAUCGCCGUGAUAUCUUUCACUGGCUCUUUGCGAUGCCCCUGCUUCAUUUCCUGUCCGAAUCCGUUCAGCCAUACUCCUUUGAGACACUCACCUUAGAACCGAGUUCAGUAAAAGAUACCUCGUGGUGGGGAACGCAAGGCUUGGAGUUCCAGAGUGUUCGGCGGCAAGCUGCUUUCUCCAGCAACAGCAGCCCAGUACAUCUUCUUCAUCAGCUGUCUCCAAUGUUUAAGAUCGAUCCUUUGUUUACGAGAACGUUUCUGCUGACACUUCCCAUAAGUGACAUUGUUAAAGUACUGCAAAGAAAGGUGUUCCCUCUGCACGAAGUUUUCUGGACACUGGCUCGAGUUGUGGAAGAGAGACCGGAUCAUACCUCUGUUUUGCUUAAAGAACAAUGGGAGUCUCUUGAACAGUGUAUACAAGAAAUAAGCGACAGCUUUGCAGGUGUUGAUAGCAUGGAACACUCUAACUCCCAGUACGAGGCAAUGACAUCUCUAGCCAAAGCAGCGUUGCAUCUUCUGCGUAAUUUACUUACAGUAGAUGAAUUAGUCAUCCGGAAGAGAUUCCAGGUUGUGUCUGGCAUUUUCAAACUACUGGAUCAAAGCCUUUUGUUCGCAAAAAACAGUUUGUCCACAGAAGAGACAGCAAGUGAAGUCAAAGCAUGCAACGAAAUCUUUCAAGCAGCGCUACAAUCUUUACACGAUUCCCUGGAGAAACACUUCCGUUGGGACUUGCUCCUUCUAUCAGCGAACUGGCGCAAUGAGGAACUUCAGGCUUGGUCGCACUUACUAUCGGUAAAACUUGAAGACAUCGAGUUACAGCAGUUUUGGGAAUGCGGCAUAAAAGAGUUUCUUAAAAAUCGCAUAUACAAGGUUGCCCACAGCGAUGUGAUAGAAUUGUUUUGUACACUGGAUCUGCGCGCCUACCAUCAAGACCUCAGCGAAUGUUUGGAGUCCGCCGCUUUUGAGGCCGUAGACCAUCUCUUGAAGGGAGGAAUGGUGGAAGAACCGAUGACAUCAGUAAGUUCACGCCUAGAGUUUUCCAAUUUAACGCACAGACAGGCUUCUGGUGUGGGCAGACUGUUUUCUCUCCUGUUGAAAAGAUGCUGGCCUGAGGAAGGACACGGAAAAGAAAUUUCUCAAGAUAAGAAGUUGCAGCACAUUCUUUCUUGGAAGCCAAUGGCUUCGUACUUUAACUACUUUGGUAGUGGAAGCCAGUUAAAGGAAACGUUAUCCGAUGACGGCUUGGGAAUACUUAUUUCUGCGACGUCACUUCUGGCGCAUGUAGGACACUGUCUGAGGAACGGCGAAAUUCAGGUUAAUACUCUACGAAUUGUCCAGAAGAGCCGUGAUAGGUUCUUGAAAUUGUUUCCCUUGCUAUCGGAAGAGGAAAAUAAUACGACAUCCAAGGAAGAAGCUGUGACUAGAGGGAUCAGUGAAGAAGAAGGCAACCAGCAUGAAGCAAGCCCGAUGGAGACAUUUCUUGACAUGCGUAUUGAGGAGCUUGAAGCCUUUAAGAAGGAAAGGGAAACAGUUUUGACGUUUAUUGAAGUGUGUUCUGUUAUCAAAACAGAUGUUGAUCUCCAAGGAAUCAAAGAAACGCUGGAAAAAGACCUAGCUUCUUGCCAAAUGCACGACAUUUGCCACAAACGCAGUUCUAGUGAAGAGCCGAUAGUAAAGUUUUUUCACCUUUCAACCAAGAACAAGAGAAUGAUGCAACUGCUACACCUCGUCCAGCCCAGUCGUCUUUUUCGUGACAUGUGGCAACGGUGCAUUCCGAAAGCAGUCAAGAUUUCCGAAGAUGAAGCUGGAUCAAGUGGGACAUUAACGGUCGACAAAGUGCAAGAGCUUUUGUGGACACCUGCUUAUCGGAAAUGGCGCAGCACGUGGGAAAGAAUCCUUGGUGGAGAAAUCAGUCUUCAAGAAUUGGAUAAACUAUUCGACAGGUUUAGAAACGAUCCCAGAACUUUGGAAAUCGAAAUUGGAGCAGUCGUGGCCUGCUUUUCCGAUGAAGAAGAUAUUUAUCCUUCUGUUCGUCAACGAGUUGCUCAAAUCGAACAGUAUCACAAGCUGAGAGAGUUUGAAGGGGCUGCAGCAGCAAUCUUGGAAUUUCAAAAAACCAUGGAUCUUGGAGGAAACUUCGACUUGCUUCAUGACUUUUGCGGCCAGUUGAACGAAGACUUUCUGCGACGCCCGCUCGGUGCUAUCGGUGAUGAUGUUUUUGACAUCGGAGAAACCCUUGAACGUCUACCGCAACCAAUGAUUAAAUGCCUGAGGACUGUCAGUGAUUGCAAAGAAUACAUCCUCUGGCUUCGAAAGGAAGUGAAAGGCAGGGAUGAAGUGAAAACACUAGUGGACCUUGCGAUGAUGUCUGCUGGAGAGAGUGACAUCGAAACUGAUAGAGUCUCGUGUUUGCACACCACUGCCCUUGGUUUUGCACCUUUCAUAUUUGAACUGGACAAAUCCGCUGGCUUAAAUCAACUGAUUGAUGUUUGUGAAAGAGUGUGGCGGGAGAUCAAGGGAAACACCCUUUUGCCGAAGCAGCUGAGGGACAUCAGCAGACAUCUUGAGUGGCUUAAGGGUGUCAAGGAUGCCCAUGCCAUGUCUUCUCUCAAGUUGGCUCAAGCUAUCAACGAAAGAGGUGUCUACUUCGUUGGCAAAUUGGAAAACGUAGCAUCGACUCAGCCAUAUGACAAGAAGAGUAUUGAUUCUGUCAUCAGUUUACUGCUUCCUCCGAGCAAUACAAAUGGUGAGGCAAGAGAAUUCAGUCUGGAAAAACUAAAAGAGCUGCAGAGUAAACUGGCUCUCAUUUCUGGAAAACGCUCUCAUGGGCAGGACGAUGUCGAGAAGUUUGGCCAGUUGUUACAAGGGGUCAUUCAACUUGGUCAGGCGUAUGUCAACCUUUGUGAGAUUGGCGAUGUGUCUCAUCUCGACUGGAGCCAAGAAUACAAGUGCAAAAGCGUUAUGGGGAAAAACGUCAUAGCUGAUAUCGAAUCAAAAAGCCUGGAAUUCGAACGAUGCUUCAGCUCUUGUAAAGAGCGCAUUAACUCAUUGAGAAUGAAAUAUCACGAGUUGAACUAUUUCACAAUACAGCAGCUUCUUUUCUUACGGAAGGAACUCGCUGGUUUAAAACACAGUGCGACAAUGAAUUCUCUCCAUUUGCAGGUGUAUGCACUUCUUGAAAAAGUUCUCCCAGGUCUUCAUAGGUCAAGCCUGCAGACAGCACUGCUUGGCGCAGGAAUCUUAGCGCCACACCUUCAUGAUGAUACUUACAGCGAUGAUGCUGUUUCGAGGAAUGCAAGUGAGCAAAUGCCAUCGUGCAUUCAAGAGAGAGAGGACCAACGUACUGUGGAUCAACAGGUUGUCGCAAAAUACGAACAGCUUCUCAACAAUCUGGAAAAGUUAAAUUACUCGGAGCCAGACCGUCUUGCCGUGGCAGCUCUAUUCGAAAACUCAGAAAGCAGUGACGUUGAUCUUGUUCUUUGGUGUAUUAAAAACAACGGCAACAGCGAUCUCAUCGAUGAAAACUACGACAGGGCAUCGGAUGAUCCUAGGUUUCGUGGCAUUGUCAGCCAGGAUGCCGAAUCAGAUCUUGAGUUAUCUCAGUCUUCCCAAGAUUCGGAUGAUAUCCAUGAAAGUUUAACAGAGGACAGCGUGGACGCAAGAUUGGAUUCAAGCACUGAAGGCAUAAUGCCAGACGAAACAAAAGGAGGCACCUAUUUAAGCUUGGAUGAAAUUGGUGUAUUUAUGUCUCAUCUGGCUAACAAUGGAGAAAGGGCUGUAAGGAGAAAGUUCCCGAGCUUCUUGAAAAGAGGAAAGCCAAAUCUCAUAUUGGCACGCAAGGAAUAUAUUUUUGCUGCUGUACUUGGCCUUUACAUGGACGAGAAAGCUCAGAGUGUGCCAAAUAGUGAUGAAGUUCUCAUUUGCUCUUCGGAGACUACAUCGGAAGAGGUGGAGCUGUUAUGGCGUCGCGCCCUUUCUGACAACGGAGAGAACUUAUAUUGUUUGGUAAAUGGCGAUCUACUGGACUAUGACGUCAGUCAAAAGGUGGUGGACUGUUUGCACACACUCAUGCGAGAUUAUGGCGACAAUGAACGUCUGGCUCUUGUUGUCCUGUGUAGUAGUGAAAAUGAAGAACGAGCUCAUAUAGUGACCUCCUUAGAGCAGUACAAAGUGGAAGGCGGCAUGCCAAGAUAUCCUCGGCCAGGCGAACUGCGACCUUACCUGGAGAAGCACUUCAAAGCACCACACCCGAGGCCUGGUUUGUACUGUGAACAGCAUGUGGUUUGGAGCGCUGCUGCAGAAGUUGGUCGAGCAGAAAAUUUAAAUGUUCAUGUAGUAACCUCUGACCACCCUGGGGUCGGGAAGAGUUUAGUUGUUAAAAGGCUAGCAGAGCAGGUGUCAAACUUACAGAACAAUCGGCUCAUCACGGAUACGAUGAAAGGUCAAGAUGAAGAACCACCUCCACUAUGUGUGACUAUACCUUUUCACGAUAAACGCGCACUUGUUGCAGAUGUUGUUGGCUUUUUUCUCCCGCAUGCCUUACAUUCAGAUAUACCUUUGUCCAGGAUUUUCCACAUGGACCGUUCCGCUACGGUGACUCCAGAACUUGAAACGUUGCUGUUUAACUUGCUCAUCCUGGGCGAGAUCACAGAUGAUCGUGGGCGCGUUUGGAGAAGAAAUCCCUAUGAUCUGUAUAUUCUUGAAAAUACAGAUCUGCUUCCAAAGGAGCAAGCGAAGAAGACAACAAUGUGCAAAUUUCAUGAACUUCUCCCGUCAAUUAGAUGCUUUCUUCCAAAGGAGACUGUCGCUUUAUUGCAAAGGAAGAGUACAGCGCAAAGAAGCAGCAGUCCUCUUUUUGAUGAAGAAGAACUUCAAAGCGAGGCAGUUCAACGUACCUGGCAGUAUCUUCAACGGUUUAAUGAGGAACCUUCGCUAAUCCAGGAGUUUAGCUUUGACGCUAGCAAUAAAAGAGAUGACAGUCCAGAAAAAUGCCUUAAAACCUUGAUCAGAAACUGCGGUGUCCGUAACCCCUCCUGGUCAGAACUUCGAUAUUUUGUCAGUUUUCUUAACAACCAGCUUCGUGACUGCGAGGAAAGUGUCUUUUGUACAACCUCGUUAGUAGAGGAUACUUUGGAAGGAUUUCGAAUUUUUGUGGUAGCUUUCAUGAUAAUUAUGUCAAAGGAUUUCUCGAUGCGUUCUUUGAAAGAAGAUGACUUCUCGCUGUUCAAAGAAUCAGCUGGCGCAAAUGAAGAGCGGGACAUUGCUCCUUUCCAGCUGCGGAGACGAUGGGAGGGAAGCCCACAUCCUUACAUCUUUUUUAACCGGCCGAAUAACGAUACCAUGACUUUUCUUGGGUUCCGAGUUGACGAAGACGGGAAUCUACUGGAUCCUCGAACAGAAGAAGUUAUACAAGAAAGGCUCAUGACAAAGCAUCUUCGCACAGGACUUCAUGUCCAAAGAGUGGAUUUCAACACUGACUUUGAGUCCUAUUCCAAACCUCAAAAAAUUCAGCUGCUAUGUUCUGUCAUGGGGAUGGAAUGCGCAUUCGAUCCCGAUGAAUCGUACGAGCUGACGGGUGAUAAUGUUAAGAAGAUUCUUGCUAUCCACAUGAGAUUCAGAUGUAACAUCCCAGUUGUGAUCAUGGGUGAAACUGGAUGCGGAAAAACUCGCCUGAUUCGCUACUUAUGUGGUCUGCAGACGGAGGGUUUAGAGCUGAAAAAUAUGCUGUUAAUGAAGGUUCAUGGUGGCACCACUUACAAAGACAUCGAAAGAAAUGUCCUUCAUGCGGAGAUGAUGGCCCUUAAAAACGAAGAGAUAAACAGAAAUGUCGACACUGUCCUAUUUUUUGACGAGGCUAACACUAGUGAAGCCUUGGGAAUGAUAAAAGAAAUCAUGGUGGACCGAAGAUGUAACGGUCGUCCUCUGAGCGACCAUUUGAAAUUCAUUGUUGCCUGCAACCCAUAUCGAAGACAUACAGAUGAAAUGAUAAAGAAGUUAGAGUCUGCAGGAUUGGGCUAUCACGUGAGAGCUGACGAAACAGAAGAACGCCUUGGUCGAAUUCCAUUGCGUCACCUUGUUUAUCGUGUGCAUGCUCUACCGGAGAGUAUGCGCAGUCUUGUGUGGGAUUUUGGACAGUUAAAUCCGAAAGUGGAGGAACUCUAUACCCGUCAAAUUGUGCGGAGAUAUGUGCAAGGAGGUCGUCUGCCAGGAGACGAUAGGCUGGAGAUUGCCAUAGCAACGGUGUUGGCGGCCUCGCAGCAAUUCAUGCGAGACAAAAAGGAUGAAUGCAGCUUCGUGAGUCUACGAGACGUGAAACGAGCCAUGGAGGUCAUGGUUUGGUUUUAUGAAAAUUUCAACAACUUUUCUCCUUUGAUCCAAGACGAAGACGGCGACAGUGACGGUGACGAUGACGGCGACGGUGACGGUGACAACAAAGACGACAACGAUGGCGUUGAGAGUGAAAAUAGGGAAAAGCUUAAAGAGGAACGUCCUCGUUACAGAAAACAACAACCCAUCAUCGUAGAAGAACUGUUUUCUGGGGAAGAUGAACGACCCGCUGUACAAAAAGAAAGCCCCUCUUUCACAGAAGGGCGACCCGCUUUCAAAAAAGAAUCAUCUCCUCUCACAGAAGAACUUCGCCCUUCCAAAGAAGAGCGAUUCCUUUUCGAAGAAGCAGUAUCUUCUCCCAAAGAAGAACGACCCACUGUCAGAAGAGAACGGUUCGCUUUCAAAGGAGGGCGACCAACUCUCAAAAAAGCACGAUCUCCUCUUCAAGAAGAACGGCCCACUAUCAAAGGAGAGCGAUCCGCUCUAAGAAACCUUCUAUCUGGUUUUGAAGAAGAACGAUCCACUUUGAAAGGACGAUCUCCUCGAAGAGUGGUACGACCCACUUUCCAAGAAGAGCAUCCCGCUCUCGAAAAAGAAGGACCCACUCAAUUUGAAGCGUCUCAUCGAAGUGUCCAUUGUGCUGACCCCAGGGAAACAGUACCACCUGAAGAGCCUGAUUUACUGCUCCCUGAAGAAAUUUUCAGUGCUGUUUCUCAGGAAAAUCUGAACGACGACAUUGACCGAAUCACGUGGUCAUUAAUUAUGGCUCUUGGAGUUUGUUACCAGGCGCGAUUAAGAGACAGAGAUGAAUACCGCGAGACAGUGGCGAAAUCAUUCCAAAGUCCUUGCAGACUUCCUGGUGGUGCAGGAAGGUUUGAAAAGGAGAUCUCUCGAUGCCAAGAAGCUUUAAUGGAGCAACUGGAGCUUGGGCCAAACAUCGCCUGCAAUGCCGCCCUUACUGAAAACGUAUUUAUGAUGGUGGUGUGCAUUGAGCUCAGGAUCCCACUGUUUGUGGUUGGUAAACCAGGCAGUUCCAAAUCUCUGGCCAAGACUGUUGUUGCUGACAGCAUGCAGGGAGAAAAUUCAAAAUCGGACCUCUUCAAAAACUUUAAGCAGAUUCAGCUCGUUUCGUAUCAGUGUAGCCCUCAGUCAACCCCUGAGGGAAUACUGGCAACGUUUCAACAGUGUAGCGAACUUCAAGAAAGCAAAAACAAGGAAAGGAAGUCAGAUAGGUUUGCCUCUGUCGUGGUCCUAGAUGAGGUUGGACUGGCAGAGGACUCACCUAAAAUGCCCUUGAAAACUUUACAUCCUCUCUUGGAAGAUGGAAACCAAGAUGACGAAGACAUCAUUCAAACCGAAGACAGGUUUACCCGCGUUGCUUUCAUUGGUCUAUCGAACUGGGCGUUGGACCCCGCCAAGAUGAACCGUGGAAUUAUGCUCUGCCGUAAUGAACCAGAUGGAGCCGAACUGGAGGCAACUGCCAGGGGCAUUUGUGGAGGUGACGAAGACAUUAUGACACUGAUAGAACCUCUCAUAUCCCCGAUAGUCCAUGGCUACAGCGAACUCUAUAGCAAGCAGAAAGAACUGGAAAAACUGAAAGAUGGAAAGAAAGAUGAAUUCUUUGGACUGCGAGAUUUUUACAGUCUUCUUAAGAUGGUCGUCCACAUCGCAGGAGAACAGAAACGCCGACCCAGCUGGGAAGAGCUCGAACACGUGAUUAAACGUAAUUUCAGUGGUUUGCUGGAAGAUGAUUUCGACCCUGUUAGGAUCAUCAUGAGGCAUGUUGGAUUCCCGUAUGAAUAUUACCAGGGAGAAGAAGAACGCCGGGGCCUGGAUAGUGUAGACCUUAUUCGAGCAAGUCUGGAUCGAAAAAGCGCCAUGGGAGAAGGGCGCUACCUGCUGAUCAUGACUGAGAACUUUGCAGCGCUACCAAGAGUAAAACAGAUUUUGUUAGAAGAAGACUCUGAAGAACCGUAUGUUAUUUUUGGUAGUGGUUUCCCAAAAGAUCAGUUAUUUACCCAGGUUUGCCGCAACAUCAACCGUGUCAAGAUCUGUAUGGAAACCGGGAGAACAGUAAUUUUGUUAAACCUCGAAAACCUCUAUGAAAGCCUCUACGACGCGCUAAAUCAGUAUUACGUGACUUUUGGAGGAGAAAAAUAUGUCGAUCUGGGACUUGGUAAUCACCGAGUCAAGUGUCGCGUUCACAAAGAUUUCAGACUGAUUGUCAUCGCCGAAAAGGACGUGGUUUACAACAAGUUUCCCAUUCCGCUGAUUAACCGCCUAGAGAAACAUUUCCUUGCAAUGUCGUCUGGUCUCACAGAUGCUCAGGAGCAACUGUCCAGGGAGUUAAACGCAUGGGUUGAAGACUUUGCCGACAUUUUCCAGCCAACCCACGAAACUAAGAAGAGAACAUUUGCAAAAGGAGACGCUUUCAUCGGUUACCACCAAGACUCAGUUCCGGCUGUGGUUUUGCAAGUUUGUGCUGAACUUCACGAUGACGGGUCAGUUUUGUCAGACGAGGACAGAGAGUCUUGGAAAGAAAAUGUACUGAAACACUGCCAGGAACGUUUGCUUCAAUGUGCGACCCCCGACUCGGUGACUCGUCUUCGCAAGAGCCGCCUGAGGUCCCAAGCAAGUAGUUUAUGGACCACUUAUUUUCGCGAACAGGAACACUCAAGCCUGGCUAACUUUCUAGAUAAAACACUGGGCGAUGUUAAGUCACGUGCCACAAGCAACCCUAAAAUAGCGCUUCGUGCACAGAUUUCAACUCAUUCACGUCUCCUGUCUGACCGAGACAUUCGCGACAUAGCUGAGGUUGUUCACCUUCCAACAAGCUGCGUAAAGUGUAUCUCAUUGCAGCAGUUCCAAACUGAACAGCAAUUCUGUAACUGCAUAGGGAGAGACUUUUGGGCAAGGCUUGGAGGAGAGGAGAACCUGUUAAUUGUGCAAUGUGAUUCCGCGGACCAUAACUUAGACCUCGUAGCAUGCUCUCGUCAUCUACUCAUCGAAGAGUGUCGGGAAAUGGAGAAAGAACUGGACCCUGAUUCCACUGGUCAUAGUCACAUCUUGAUGAUUGUGCAGCUGUCUAGAGUGGCAGGUGGUUGUUCUGAUUUUGUUGGCGUGCAAAGUGAAGAUUGGCUGUCCGUGCACAUCGACGAGCUGUGUCCGCCAAGCGAAGAGAUGCCCGCAAUUGAAACAUUAGUCGGCCGUUCAGUCAGUGAAAUUUUCGAGAGUGCUCUCCACAAGACGGAACAUAAUCUGAGCGUGAGCCAAAUGCUUUCAAGUUGCGUACAGGAGGCAGCGAGCAGAAUAGAAGAUGAUGAAACUACUCUUGGAAGAGCAACCAAGAGAAUUGAGCUGCUGCUAAAGUUACUUACUCGGAAGAAGGAAACUGGCGAGGGCAGUUUCCAGUUGGUACUUGCACAGCGUCUCCAUAAGCUGUUGCAAGAAAAAGAUCAGCGAGUACCGAAUCAAGGGAAUGACUGGCUGCAAGCGGAGGCCUUGCAUCGAACUGUGAACGAAACUGGAACGUUCAAGAAAGCACUGUGGCGUCGCUUCCAGUCUUUUGUGGCUCCCAUCCUGGCUGAAGUCAUAGCAUACGUUGAUCGCGAUGGAAAUCUUGAACUGGCUGCUAGUGGAGACACUUGGGUGUUCAACUUAUGGUUGAAAAUCUUUGGAGACAGUUCCCUUAGCGAGCUUAGUUUUGUGUCCUUUAUGUCUCAAGAAGGGGAUAUCUCAGUAGUCCGCAGCAAGGUUCCGGUCUCAAAAUCGGGAUAUGGUUUGCUUGCCUUUCAAAACAAGUUUCCCUUUUCCUGGCUACUCAAAGAGCGUAUUGAUGAGCUGUAUCGAGAGGCCAGAAGUAUCGCAGCCAAUUCCCAUGAAAACGUUACGGAUUGUUUACGGAGGUUGCUGAACAAUUCAGAAGUCAAUUCAGUUGUUUCAGAAGCCAUUAAUGAGGGAGGAGAAAAGACGGUAGCAGCUUGCUAUUUGCACGACUUUACACACAUGGUUUACAAACCUGGUUCUGAGGAGGAGGUUGAGGUUGUUCAAAGAGCGAUUACAGCCGCUGCAAAAGAGAUUCAUCACUCAGCCCAGUCACCAGGCGAAAACUUCGUUAUGGAUUUGGCACUGGUUCAUGUAGCACAUUCCCGCAUUCAGCGGCGACUCAACUGUUUAUCACUCUUACUGCAAACCAAAUCUGAUAUUGUACAAGACCUUCUAGAGACAUUCUCGUGGGAUGAAAACGAAAUGACUAUUGAUGCUAUAGCCUUACAAAUGUGCUUGGAGCGUAUGGAGCCUAGUGAAGAAGAUGUCAAGGACAUGUCACGAAGGCAGGCAUGGUGUGACCUAGUUUUGUCAGUGAAAAUACCAGUAGAAGAAAUGACCAGUAAGAGCUCUACAGGAGGCGAGGCGCGAAUUGGAGAAAAAACCGAGUCAAUCAUUACACAGUGCAGGUAUGACUUCAUAUAUGUGAUGUUUCAGUGAACGAGUCAGUCAUGGAGCAACAGUAAUAAGCAUAACUCUGACUCUGAAUUACCGAUAGAUCAACAGGAGCUGGUCGAUAUUUAAAAUGAUAACCCACCGCACUCGAUUGGUCUAAACGUGUCACGUGACUGAAUAUGUAUGUGUCGCCUUCUGCGAAAAAUA